GUCAUUUAUUGUACCUGCAAGUAUUCACUAAAGGGAAAAAAAUGUUCCGUGCUUGUAUUCUUCAAAAAAAUAUAUAAGAAACUUUUGUCAGCCUUUUUUUUUUUAAUUUGUAUUUAUUUAUUUUUUAUUCGAUUUCUUAAAUUUUGUAACUAUGUACCGUAAGUGAAGUAUCAUUAAUCAUUAAAUGUGCUCAGACGGACACUUAUCACUUUCGAGCAAGGUGAUUAAUUGAAUUGCUUACUUCACCGAUUUGGAUCAGCUGCGUAAAGCUGACGUGUGUGUACGAGACUUAAGGCCUAGCCUACUUCUGUGCUGUGUUAACAAGCUAGCUACGCCGACUGAAUUUUAUUUAGGCCUAGUUUAGAGUUUAAACAAAACUCCAAAUUCAAGCCAGUGCCAGUAGUAGUCCAGUUUAAAAUUGUAAAGGUUAAGAAAAACACAUCGCAAUGCAAACCGUUCAACAGGAGUACAUGCAGACUCCUCCUAUUACAAGACUAUAUUGUACAUCAUGUGUACUCACAACAUUAGCUGUGCAACUGGAUAUUUUAUCACCAUUUCAGUUAUACUUCAACCCUGAUCUCAUUUUUAACCAUUUUGAGGUAUGGAGGCUUAUAACAAACUUCAUGUACUUUGGAGCAAUAGGCUUCAAUUUUCUCUUCAACAUGAUAUUCACCUACCGAUACUGUCGCAUGCUAGAGGAGGGUUCGUUCCGUGGACGCACUGCAGACUUUUUCUUCAUGUUUCUGUUUGGAGGCACCCUGAUGACUAUUAUAGCUCUGUUUGUCAACCUAGUGUUUCUUGGUCAGGCUUUCACCAUCAUGCUGGUCUAUGUAUGGAGUAGGAGGAACCCCUACAUUAGGAUGAACUUCUUUGGUUUGAUGAACUUUCCUGCACCUUACCUACCAUGGGUUCUUCUGGGUUUCUCUGUCCUUCUAGGAAAUUCAAUCAUUGUCGAUCUAAUAGGUAUGGUUGUUGGUCAUAUAUACUACUUCUUAGAAGAUGUAUUUCCAACUCAGAGAGGGGGCUUCAAACUUCUCAAAACACCUGGUAUACUAAAAACACUUUUGGACACUGCACCUGAGGAUCCUAACUAUAACCCCCUUCCUGAAGAGGAACGACCAGGAGGAUAUGACUGGGGUGAGGACCAGAGACCACAAGACCAACCAGAAGAGAACCAGGACCAGCACUGACGUAGGCCUGGACUAGCUCUAUAUGAUGGAGGACUAGUAUUAUUUUAACCCACUGACUAUUGGGUCUUGAUGACACCUGUUUGAAGCAAAAUAGAAUGAAAGGACUCGGUGGUGAAUAGGUUAUUGCCUUAGCUGAAGAGGUCAUACAUGGUAAAGGAUUGAAUUUGACCCUGAUAGAAAGCAUACUAGGAUCUUAAUGAAAGUUUAAGGUUUUCAACGGUCUGGAAUCCUGAUCUAAACAAAGAAUGAGAAAUACGUGUACCAGAGAGAAAAUGCCUUGGAAGCUAUUCCUUGGCAAGACUUAAUGAUUAAGUCAACUAAUUUCAGAUUAAAUGCUCUUAAAAUGAAAUACCAGCAGCAUAAUAUUAACAGUAAACUAAGAAUUAUACGACAUACUUCAACCUACCUGAAACAUUUGGUCUCCUGAAACCACCUUCCAUAGAUUCUGCAAGUGCACUCUAAGCAGUAUUCAUCAGUGGAAGGACAUUGUAUGCUCUUUGUAUACAAUGGAAGUAGUUAAUGUUAGAAAUCUGGCUCCUGUUUCAUGAAAAAGACCAUUAAAGGUAAUUCUACCGGUGAUACUAUUUUUCAUCGCAACAUCACUCAGCAGCCAAUUAAAAUCACAGUUUCCAUUGAUUUUACCAUUGAUAGCAAGGUUUACAUCAGUGGUAGGUUUUAAUGCAAUGGUGUAUAUGGUUUUUGUGCUUCCAAUCAUUUAAGUAUUAGAUUAAGAGGAAAAUACAAACUAAAGUUGCAUUCUAACAACAGACUGUCAUCUUUACUACCGUAUUUCAAAGAAGUUCGAAAAGCAGUGGAUGAAAGCUCUUUUGUUAGAAAAUAGACAUCUUUCAAAACAAAAACGUUGAAUAGGGCAUAAGGUGAGUUUUUCAACAUGAGAUCGCAGAACCAUGAUCACUGAAAUCACUUGAAUGCUGCAGUGAUGUCAAUCAUGAUUUCAUGACAUCAUUAUAAUGGUCUUCUCUAUGUUGGCCUGUACUUCCAGGCUCAAGCUGCUGUGCAGUAAUAUUACAGGAAAUAGAAGAAUGGCAGUUGAUGUAAAAAAGGCUUUUUAACACUUUCCAGCAGUAACUAUGUUAGUGAUUUGAUUCAUGAUAUAUGUUUGUAAUUUAAGCUUAAGAAAAUUGCUUGAACACAGCAUUAUAGAGAGAUACUCCAUAUUGGAAAUAAAUUCAGAUUAAGAAAAUGAGAAUAAGGCAUGGAAGAGAGAGUAAUACAGAAAUGAUGAAAAAGUUUCAGAGAUACAUUAGGCAGAGAAGAAGUAAACUAGAGAUCAAAUACAUGAAGAUGACUUAAAAAUGAUCUGAUCAACAAUUGAAUAUACAAACACUAAAACAUGGCUACUUGAAAUGGGGAAGAUUUUAUUAGUUCUAAAAAAGGAAUCCUGUAAAAGAUUUGGUUGAGGAUGGGAGAUGUUGAGUUUAAGAAAUAAGAGACAUCUUGUGAUAGGAGACAAUUAAAGGGCCCUCAGUGAUAACAUUUUGUAAACUUAAGAGGCUACCUUGUUGAAAAAGAACAAAAUGUUUGCAAAUUUGCAUUCUUAUAAAGAGCAUUUACUAAUUGAAAGUUUUGACAAUUUUUGUCUAAGUUUAUAGUACUGAAUAAUUUAUACAUAUUGAAACUUAAAUAUUCAUCUCCUACCAUAAAAGUAGAAUAUCAAAGUUGCAAUAAUCAAAGGUACUGCAGAUAAUCUUCAAAUGCUGGAUAUAGAUUUUUUUGUAAGUUCUGGUUAGUAAGGGAAAGUAUUUUAUCAUCAAAGUUUUCCAUAACUUAGAGUCGACUUAAUGUACAAUGUAUGAGAAGAAUGUGGCCAUAUAGAUGGAGGUGGAUGGGUCUAGAUCACAUGUAUAAAUUUAGUAACUUCUUUUUGUUGCCAUGUUGAAUUACAUUAAAUCAUGUGCUUCAUUUUCUUUUUGAUAUUCUUCUAUGUUGAAGUACUAGUAGAUGGGUGUAAGUAAUUCUUAAUUCUACAAAAAUUAUCCUUGCAUUUAAUCAACAGUUAGCUACUUUCUUCAGGGAUCCAAUUCAUAGAGUUCAGCUAUUGUAACUUGUCAUCAUGCCAACUACCAUGGUAACGUGUCUUAGCAGCCAAUCACAAUCAAGGUUUCCAUGGAAUUUACAAUAAUUGCAAUUAAUUGUAAGUCUUUAUGAAAUGGGCCCCAGCCCCAUGUGUUCAAGCAUUUUGUAGCAUGAGAUUAAUUGACUGUGGGAUGUCUCUGCAAAUUUUAUCAUGCAUCUAGCCAAAAUGAACUUCUGGCCUCAAUGUCAAGGUGGAUUUCAGAAGAAAAAAAAGAGAAACAUUUUAUAAUGAAGAUUGGGCAGAAAUCCCCAAAGAUUUAUUUAUUGUUUAAUUGUAUGGUGUCACAUGCAUAAAGAAGAAGCUCCACCACAUGUCCUUUAACAAAUCUUCUAUAAAUUGCCCAACAUGAAUUUGUGGUUUGUGAUGGUCAAAUAUUAUUUUUUUUUGUAAGUGUGUAUGAAAUAAUGAUUAAUAAUACAUGACAUUCAUGUAUACAGGAGCUGCUCGCUUGUGACAUCACAUUAAAACUUUGAGUUGAUAACUCUUGUUAUUCUAAGUUUGAUUUUCGUCAAAACAGUCAAUGUUAUUCUCAUGUUUUUUGUUUCUUUUCAUUAAAACCAUUUGAAUGUCAGGGUGGACUUCCUCCUUCAUAAAUCACUGUUUAAGUGAUUCAGAAUUCAUCUACUAGUAUUUGCUUAUAAGUUAAACUUGUAAAGACAUAUUUUAGAUUAUCAGACCCUUUGUAGUAUUCACCUGAACUGCUACAAUGUUUUGAUUAUAAUUGAAUCUAUUUGUGAUAUCCAUAAUGUAUUUUUUUCAUUCUUGUGUAUUAUUGUAGAGUUCUUAAAGACUUUUUAUAAAGUAAGUGAUAUUAAGCGCUAUAGAAGCAAAUGUAAUUGGUAUUAUAUCAUAAUUUUAUAAAAGCAGCAAGGAAAUAGAGAAUUCAGUGUUAAAAGGUAUCUGGGUUGUUCCAAAGUAGUUAUUUAUUCUACAACUGAUAAACUGACCAUUAGUACUAUAAUGGUAUACACUUAUACUCAUACUAGUUAUAGGGUCAUUGCUGCUUACUGGUCCCUAUAAUUUCCAGCAGAGAUUGUAUUUUAUUAUAUUUCAUGUGGGAAAAGGGAGAUACAUGACCAGGUCUUGCCUGUCUCCUAAAAUUGUUCAAAUAUAUUUAAUAAUUUGCUGGUCUGAAGUUCCAAGUUUUAUAAUAAAUUUAUUGCUUCAAGCAAUGUUAAUGUUUUCUUAAGAAAUUUGUAUUUGCCCUUUCUUAAUUACUGUAUUUGGCAUUCAUGAAUGAAUGUUUCUUUGUCCACUCUAUACAGAUAACCUGCUUAUGAAAUAAAUACAAUUGUCAUUAUUGGGGUUAAGAUUUAAAAAAAAAUAGGCUACAACAGAGCACUGUAUGUAUAUCAUUAAAACUAAAAGUAUAAUUUGCUCAAUUGAAAAUUAAA